CAAGUUCUGAAUAAUGUCUGUUAGAGUUUGUAUACUGUUUCAUCUGUGCAGAUGUUACGCAGACAUAUGUGGAUCUCUUAUUGAUUAGGAUAUACUGAAUAAGAUUUGAUUUGAUAAACAUAUAUACAUAAUGUUAAGAAAAAGUGAUUCAUUAAAACUAACUUGUACAGUUUAAGGAGGGAGAUGAGAGGCUAAUAUAAAAGUAUGUUGUCGUAUAUUCAGGAGAUCAAGGGGGGCUGAGUUUGUGUGCACUUUGAAUCCAGGGCAAAUUUGAGCACGUAGCCGGAGUUUUGCCGGACGAUAUACGCUAUCGAUUGGAUGUUUUCCACAGCACUAAAGCGAUGUCAAAGAGACAAUACCGACGAUACUCAGUGUCUUUAGUCGAAAGGAAUCCACUCCACAUUUGGAGUGCCUCACAUCAACACAGGAUUAGGAUCAGCGUCUCUCUGUCUCCCAAUUCUCAAUUUAAGGAUGUAUGAAAACGCACCCGCCUUGGUGGCACCACAGAGGGUCUUGGGUGAUCGUAGGACAACUCAGGAGGAGAUGCUGGGCCAGACCAGGCAGGUGAUCCAGGGGAUGGAGGCCCUGAGACUAGAGCACCACUCUCUCCUGGAGGGCCUACUGGGGAGCCUGCACUGCCUGGAGGUGGAGGGGAGCCAGAACCACGAGGAGCCCAGCCCUGCCCAGGAGAAGGCCAGGGCCAUCCGCCGCUCGCUGGACACCCUAGAGCUUGGGCUGGGCGAAGCGCAGGUCUUGCUGGCACUGUCGGCCCACCUUAGCAUGGUGGAGGCGGAGAAGCAGAAGCUGCGUGCUCAGGUGAGGCAGCUGUGCCAGGAGAACCAGUGGCUGCGGGAUGAGCUGGCCAGGGCACAGUGGAGGCUGCAGGAGAGCGAGCAGAGUGUGGCGCAGCUGGAGGAGGAGAGGAAGCACCUGGAGUUCAUGAGCUGCCUCCGGCGAUAUGAUGAUGACGGCGAUGACCUUUCGUCCCCCGAAGAGAUGGAUUCCAGCAAGGAGACACUGGAUGACCUCUUCCGCAAUGACGAAGAGGAGAACCAGGGCCAUGGCAUUCAGCAGCACAGUAGCAAUGUGGCGAUGGCUGCCGCCCACCAGGGUGGCUACGAGAUUCCAGACCGUCUGCGUACGCUCCACAACCUGGUGAUCCAGUACGCCUCGCAGGGUCGCUACGAGGUGGCCGUGCCUCUCUGCAAACAGGCCCUGGAGGACCUGGAGAAGACCUCCGGACAUGAGCACCCAGAUGUGGCCACCAUGCUUAACAUUCUGGCCCUAGUCUACAGGGACCAGAAUAAGUGCAAAGAGGCAGCAAACCUUCUCAACGACUCGCUAGCGGUACGGGAGAGGACCCUUGGCAGGGACCACCCGGCGGUGGCUGCUACACUCAACAACCUGGCUGUGCUUUAUGGGAAGAGUGGGAGGUACAAAGACGCCGAGCCACUGUGUAAACGAGCGCUGGAGAUUAGGGAGAAGAUACUGGGUAAGGAGCAUCCUGACGUGGCCAAGCAGCUGAACAACCUGGCCUUGCUGUGCCAGAACCAGGGGAAAUAUGGAGAGGUGGAGCAGCACUACCAACGGGCCCUGGACAUCUACCAGACCAGGCUUAGCCCCGACGACCCCAACAUGGCUAAAACCAAGAACAAGCUGGCCUCCUGUUACCUAAAGCAGGGGAAGUUUAAACAAGCAGAAGUGCUGUUCAAAGAGAUCCUAACCCAUGCCCACGAGAAGGCCAGUGGCUAUACAAAUGGGGAGGUCAAGUCCAUCUGGAUGCAGGCAGAGGAGAGGGAGGAACAGUGUGCUCCUCAGGGCAGACAGAGAGAAGGCCUGUCUAUAGGAGAUCAAGGUAGCUGGGACAGAACUCGCAAAGUGGACAGUGUCACCAUUACCAACACCCUGAGGAACUUGGGAGCCCUCUACAGGCGACAGGGCAAACUGAAGGCAGCAGAGACAGUGGAGGCGGCGGCCAUUCACACCCCUAAACAAAGCCAGAAGCAGUGUGUUCUAGCUGCCGAGGCCUCCAGCAACAGCAUGGCCAUGGAUCACCAAUGCAGCAGUAGUGAGAGCCUGACCUCUGAGGUGAUCACAGUGAAGUACAACAGUGGCCUACAUGGGGGAGAGGAGGUCAGCCGCAGUCUGGAAUGGAAUGGGGAUGACCGUGGCUCCCUGAAGAGAAGCAGCUCCUUCAGUAAGCUGCGCGCCUCCAUCCGACGGAGCAGCGAGAAGCUCGUCCGCCGACUGAAGGGGGACAAAAACCCUGGCUAACCAGUCCCAAGUCUGACUAGGCUUCACAGUUCACACCCUUGCCACAACAGAGGGUGGGGCAGUGGGCAUGUAUGGGGCACCAAGGCCCAGGCCUCAAUUUAACAAUGCCUAACCCCUAACCCCCAGGCACUUGUAGAUCUGAAAGCAUUGGAUAGGUAUAAACAAUAUACAACCUAGUGGGGAAAAAAGCAGGGCCAUAUUACUAAAUGCAAUACUUUCUGAAAUACAGUCAUUAUGCGCCUAGGCUGUGGUUGUUUCAAACAAAACCCCAUUGUCUUACAUCAGAUAGCAUAAUUUGUGUUUGCACUGAUCGGUAGAGGGACUAACAGUCGAAGAAGUAGGAUUGGUGCCACCUGUUGAAAGACAAUGACUGAAUCCUAGCCCUUAGCUCCCAUUUGUUGGUACUCUUUUGAUUCCCUUUCAACAUGACUGGACUGAACAAAGCUGUAGAUGGAACGCUUGGCCAUUACCGUCCCAACCAUAAAGGCUUGUGAGAUUCUGAUACAGUACCAUCGCCUUAUUCUAUGCCAGCCAUAUUUGUACCACCUGGGUAUUGGUAAUGUAAUGAUAGCUCAAGCUUGUUUGCUUUUAUAGUCCUUCCCUAUCAUAAAGUACCCAUUGGCUAUAGUAGGGAUGGCUUCAAACUAUUGAGAUGCGCCCUUUGAUUAUCUGUCUAUGUGUAGCAAAUGGGAGAACUGUAAAACUCACUCCUUAACCUGAAGUGUCACUCCUUGCGCCAUUGGAAAAGUCAUUUUCAAUAGUGCCACGGGUUAGAACACUUCAGGAGGGAGGUCACGUGUGUUUGCGGGGCAGAGGUCCUGAGUUGGAAGUCUCGAUAUGAGUCGAUCAAGGGGAAGCGGUACUCGCUAAGCAAGCAGCGUGACGUCCUUUAUAUAUGUCGUAGACAUGACUUGGCUCAAGCUACUGACAUUCUCAACCCCUUCAUUUACGUUUCAUUUAAUGUCUUGUUUAUAUGUGAACAUUUCUCUGUAAAAACUGUAGAAAUGAUAGAAAUGUUUAAGAGCCA